UAACGCGUACGCGGGUGUCUUCUCAUUUCCGGUAUCAGUCUGAAGAACGACGUUGACAGUUUGACAUAAAAUCCAGAUUUCGUGGGCGUCAUGUUGGUUAUAUAUGGCAUAAUGUAUUAUAAGUAACACGGAGAGCAUUAGGACGCUGUUUUGUAUUAUUGAUGUUGUAUCACGACUUAUCCCUUGGCAUUUUUAUGGGUAAAAGCUAAAGCUAGCAUGCGGUGAGGUGCUGGAAUACCGUAAAGACUUAGCCGAGCCGCACACAAUUUUUUUUAGUCCGAGUUAACGUAGAUAUCGAGUCAGUCAUGGCCACUCGGCGUCUGACAGAUGCCUUCUUGUUAAUGCGGAACAAUGCGAUCCAAAACCGGCAGAUAUUGGCUGAGCAAGUGAGUACAAACGACCCCCGUCUGAGUACACGUAGCAAUGCUGCGGAGCUUGAUGAGUUGGCUGACGAUCGAAUGGCAUUGGUGUCAGGAAUCAGUCUGGAUCCCGAAGCUGCCAUCGGCAUCACCAGGAAGUUACCCCCCAAAUGGAUAGAGGGUAUCGAUGAGAUCCAUUAUGAUAUAUCACGGGUACGUCAGAAAAUGAAGGACCUGGCUUUACUUCACGACAAGCACAUGAAUCGACCCACACUGGAUGACAGUAGUGAAGAAGAGCAUGCCAUAGAAAUCACAACGCAGGAGAUCACACAGAUGUUCCACCGAUGUCAACGAACCGUAACGGGCCUGCAGUCUCGCUGCGGCCACUGCACCGAGCAGGAGCAGAGAUUACUGCGAAACGUGGUCUCGUCCUUGGCGCAAAGUCUGCAGGAGCUGUCCAUCAAUUUCAGGCACACACAGUCCAGCUACUUAAAACGUAUGAAGAAUCGUGAGGAGAGAUCGAAGCACUUUUUUGACUCAGGACCGUUAAUGGAAGAGGAUGAAGCGCUCGCCGUGUAUGACAAGGGCUUUACAGAUGACCAGUUAAUGCUGGUGGAACAGAACACAGUUAUGGUAGAAGAGCGAGAGCGGGAGAUCAGACAAAUAGUUCAAUCCAUCUCCGAUCUGAAUGAGAUUUUCCGGGACUUGGCCGGGAUGGUGGUAGAACAGGGCACCGUUCUUGACAGAAUCGACUUCAAUGUGGAGCAAGCGUGUGUGAAAACAGACGAUGGCUUGAAACAGUUACAAAAGGCAGAGCAGUACCAGAAGAAAAACCGGAAGAUGCUGGUCAUUUUGAUCCUCUUUGUCAUAAUCAUCAUUCUAAUUAUUAUUCUUUUUGCAACCAAGUUUUAAUAUUCUGUUCCUUUUUGCUCUCUGUUUGUUGUGGACCUAUGCUCAAAACCAAGUUGACAGCCUUUCACACUAAGCAGGAAUGAUGAAAUUCCACAUCUGUUUUCUGGGUGUGCUUAGGACUGUACUAAGAUGUUUUUUUUUUUUGGUUGUUUUUUUUUUAAUCGAAGAAACAAUCAAGUAUGAGUGAGCUGAGGCGGAUUAAUGUGGCUCACCCCUAACUGUCUCGGCUUCUACUUGACUGUGUUGGCGUAUCUGUCUCUCUUAAGAGAAAACACUUAAUGGCAUACAUAACUGGACAAGGAUCUGUGUUGUUGAAAAAAUGGUCUUGACUUCUUUUCAAUAAGCAACAAUUUUAUUGUUUAAGGCUGUGAGGGCAGCACAAAGCAUUACAACAACCAUUCACUACAAAAAAAUUAUACUGUUUAAGGACAGCAUUUUGAUCAUUUAAACAUUUUAGGUUCUGAUUUGAAACUACUGAAGCGGUUGAAGUUCCGCUGCCUGCCUGAGGGGUUAGGCAGCUGGCUCCCUGAUCCAUCCCAUCAUUUUAAAGUCACCUUUUUUUUGUUUUGUUUUCAUAGUCCCGCCAUUAAGUGCUACCGUUUUCUUAUAUAUAUAUAUAUAUAUAUAUAUAAGCUGCAGUUUGCACAUACUUGAGGCCUGAGCAAGAAGGUGUUGUUGAUGUAAUACUACUGUCUUCUGUAUGAUUUAAAAAAAUAUAUAUUUAUUUUUUAAAAUUUACAAAUGAUCGUGGAGCAGAAUGGCUGUGUUAAGUACAACCAGUCGCUUAAAUUAAGGUUCAUUAUCACUCCCUCAAGAAAACUGAUCCAUCCAUCCCAGACAACCAGCUACAUUGAGGCAGCAUCAUAUUGUUUUAUUCUGGUGUUGUUUUGGGUUGCUCUAACCUCUAAAGACUGAUUGGCUGAAAAAAUGUAGAGCCUUAUUUGACAAAUCUCUACCCCAGUGUCGGAGCCGUUGUCACAAGUGCCCUUGGGCAACACGCACUGCCCCAUUGCCCCUCAUUCUGUUUCUUCUGAGGUGUGCAUGAGCUGCUUGGAGACCGCCCACCAUCAUCAGUAGUCCCCUUUUAGAUUUCUUUUGUACAAACUGCCCCCCACAAAAUGGCUUGUGGCAGAGAAAAGUUGACCCUUGAAUUUCUUUCCUGUCUUCGGAGGUAGUAUUAAAGCCACAAUGUCGGGACCCGGGGUAUUAAGUUCAAUACCUGACACCUCUGCGACUCUUGUGCGUAAAACGGUUGUCAUCGUCUCGCAAAUGUUCACGUCGAACCAAGUGCCGUUGCUUGUGCUGAUGUCAUGAACGCCCGGGCUUGGAAUCUUGAGGAAAAAAAUGGGAUGAGAGCGAAAAAUGGACUUUCAGACUUUGCAUGUGAUCUUUUUGGGGGAGUGCAGCACAAGUCUUUUAUACACGUGAAACCAUCUCUGUCAUUGAUGUGAAGAUGUGUGUGAAAUGUGUCCUAUUGGUACUCGUGUAGAGAUUUUUUUUUAAAUAAAUCUGCAACAUGA